AUGACUAGUCGAAACUCUGGCGGCAAUUCCGCCUUUCCCAACCACAAUACUGAUUUGGCUCACACCCAGGAUCCAAACGAACGUCGUCGCCUUGCACUGGCGCAGAUCGAUAAUGCCCCCUUUGGCUGGCGGCACGCCCGGGCGGUUGUUGUGGCUGGUGUCGGGUUCUUCAUGGAUUCCUAUGACAUUUUCGCCAUCAAUCUCUGCUCAGCUAUGCUGGGCAUUGCUUACUGGCAAGAUGCCGUUUCACGUCCGGGAAAAAUUCCUUAUAACUCAGACACAGCGAUAAAAGUGUCUACCUCAGGGGGUACGGUCUUUGGUCAGCUUUUCUUUGGCUGGCUCGCGGAUAUUGCUCUCGCGUCUGACUCUCCCGCUGUCUCUAUUACCGGUAUCCUGGUGUUCUGGCGCGUACUUAUGGGGAUUGGUAUUGGUGGUGACUAUCUACUAUCCUCUAUUAUUACAUUCGAGUUCGCAACGACUAGGCACCGAGGCGCGAUGAUGGGUGCAGUGUUUGCAAUGCAAGGGUUUGGACAGUUUGGAGCUGCGAUUGUUGCUCUAAUCGUGACAGUGGGCUUCAAGGGAUCUUUGGAGUCUGCGGCAUCCGUAGUGAAGUGUUCAGACGUCUGUCAACUCGCGGUUGACAAGAUGUGGCGCGUUUACCGACUCACCAUCCCGGAGACACCGCGCUAUACUUUUGAUGUCGCUAGGGAUAUUGAAAAGGCGGGCGCUGAUGUCCGUGCCUAUAUUGAGGGAAAGCAUGAGGGCCACCCGGAUGAGGUCAGGCGAAUCGCUGUUUUACAGGAUGACGCCGUGGUUCUGGUCACCCCCAAAGCCGGCUGGUCGGACUUUUGGUCCCAUUUCCUCAAAUGGAAGAAUGGCAAGGUUCUACUUGGCACUGCAGGCUCAUGGUUCUUCCUUGACGUUGCUUUCUACAGGCUUGGUCUGAACAACUCGAUAAUUCUCACAGAGAAAGGUUGGAACGGUGGUAAGAAUGUUUACGAAUACUUUCACCGCAACGCAGUGGGGAAUGUGAUUCUAAUCUGCGCUGGUGCGAUCCCCGGAUACUGGGUCAGCGUUGCAACCGUGGACUAUCUAGGCCGCAAGCCUAUCCAGCUGAUGGCAGGAGAGGAGCCUCCAACACGCCCAUCUGAGUCUACUGGGGGGUCUCAGAGUCGAGUAGAGGCUAGGCCUGCCCAGCCAAAGACUGAGAAUAGCACUAGUGAAGCUGCGAGGCCAGCGACGUGA